AUGGAAGAUAAAGUUGAAGAUGCUGGAUCAGCUUUUGUUGAUUUAGAUAAAAUAGUAAAUGACGAUUCGAAACAAUUAUUUGAUUUUGGUGAGAAGAAAAAGAAAAAGAAGAAGAAAGAGGUUGUAGAAAAGGUAGAAGAGAUUAUUAUAGAUGGUACAGGGAAAGUUUUUGAAAGAGGAGCUGUAUAUCCAUAUGAUGAAUUAUUACAUCGAAUUCAAGAUUUAAUUAAUAAACAUAACAUAGAUUUAUGUAUAUCUAAAAAAUAUACUAUUAAACCCCCACAAGUAGUUCGAGUUGGAUCUAAAAAAGUAGCAUGGAUUAAUUUUAAAGAUAUAUGUACUAUUAUGAACAGAAAUGAAGAACAUGUUUUCCAUUUUGUUUUAGCAGAAUUAGGAACUGAAGGAUCAAUAGCUGGAGAAGGACAAUUAGUUUUAAAGGGAAAGUAUGGACCUAAACAUAUUGAAGCACUCUUAAGAAAAUAUAUUACUGAAUAUGUAACUUGCCAAAUGUGUAAAAGUCCUAAUACAACUAUGGAAAAGGAUAGUAGGACAAGACUUUUUCAUCAGCACUGUAAUGCUUGUGGAGCAACAAG